UCUCUCUCUCUCUCUCUCAUUUAAACGCAACCGCUCACGCACGGAGGGGAAGAGCAGAGCAGACGAACAGAACAGGCGCUUGCGCAAUCAAGAAACCAACCAAGAUGGUCGGUGCAGGAAGGCGACGGGUCCCGUGCGGCGCCGCGCUCGUGGUGCUCCUCGCCGUUGCCGCCGUCACCGUCAGAGUGGCCGUCGCCGACGACUUCUUCACCCCUCUAGCCCCCAUCUUCUCCCCUGUGAUCAACUCGAUAUGCAGCACGGUGGCUUGCGGGAAGGGGAACUGCACUGUGGCGCCAGGGGCGCUGGGUUACAGGUGCGAGUGCGACCCGGGCUGGGCGCAGCUGCACGUCGGCGACGACCUCAGGUUCCUGCCCUGCGUCAUACCAAACUGCUCUAUUGAUCGUGCAUGUUCCAACGAUUCAUCAGCACCGGCUCCUUUACCACCACCUAAAAACUUCUCGCUCGACCCAUGUGAAUUAGCAUACUGCGGAACCGGAGGCACAUGCAGGAAUGGCUCAGGUCUCAGCUACCACUGCGAGUGCAAGGAGGGUUUCAGCAACCUUCUCAACAUCACCACGAUGCCUUGCUUUCAGAACUGCUCCAUCGGCGCGGAUUGCACAAGCAUAGGGAUCCUUCCAUUCUCAAACUCUUCCAAGUCUCCUGCGCCACCUGGCUCGGAGAGCCUUUCUAACAACGGCAAUGCAGCUGCACCAGGACCCAUUUCACAGCGAAUUCUACACCCACUGCUGAUGCUGGUCUCACUGGCCGUCAGUCAGGCGGUAUAGGUCGAGGAUGGAGCAUAGCGCAGUAGCACUUGACCUUUUUUAUCCACGGACAUGAUAGAGUCGAUAGCUUGUUAGGGAUACACUUUUGGGUUGUGUGUUAUAUAGCUGCAUGGCGACAUUUGAUGAUAGAUUUCCAGUGUAGGGGAUGUUGAGAUGAUCAGUUUAAGCCGAUAUGGAAUAAAGUGUUUCUGUGAAUAAUGGAAUAAA